GACUGGCACCAGCGGCGCUAAGGUGCAAUCAUAUUGAAAAUUACCUAAAACAUGAAGGACCUAGAUGUAAUAUUGUGAAAUUGGAACCCUAGUUAUUAACGUCCAUUGUUUAACAAAUAACCAAACUUUGACACUCCUGCAGGGACGAAACCGAAGCUUAGCCAAGGGAACUUGAAUUAAGCUCUGUUUGUAUGCUAAGAAAGUUGUGAGAAAAGAAAAUCAAGGAGCUUAUUCUGCUAAGCCAGUAGAGGGAUAUGGAGCUUACAGUUAUUGCACAUAAAUCCAUAACCGAAGUUCCUUGUUUGCAUGGAUUCCAAACGGACCUCACUUCUGCUAGUGACCGCUGUUCUCCAGUGAAAUCACAAGCAUUUCAAUUAAAUUGUUCGGUCAACUGUAAUUUCAAAACUCAGUCUUAUCUACAAUGGAAGGGAGAUCAUGUUUCAAGAAGAAAUGCAUUGUUGCUACGGUGUAUAGGCCAAGAGAGAAGUGUUUGCAUUGAUAGAGUUAAUGGGGAGGAUCAAGAAUGGAGCUCAGGAAGAUAUGCUUUUGGGGUUGAGAAGAAACUAAGAGAACAAAUGAGUUCAAAGAAAUAUUCAAAUUCUUCAAAUUCUUCUUUAGAUGGAUCUUUUGUUGGAAAUGAUGAAGAAACCAACAAUGAAAUCCUUCAGAAUUUGUGCAGCAAAGGGAAGUUAGUUAAUGCAUCAAGAUUGAUAGAUGUGAUGGCGCGUCGAAACCAAAUUCCCUAUUUCCCUUCAUGCAUAAACUUAAUCAGGGGCCUAAUUAAACUCGAAUCUACAGAAAGAGCUACUAGGGUCCUAAAAAUCAUGGUAAUGUCUGGUGGGAUUCCAGAUAUUAUUACAUACAAUAUGUUGGUUGGAGGCCUCUGCAAGAAGGGACUAUUAAAAACUGCAAUUGAACUCUUGGAUGAAAUGAGCUUGAGUGGCUGCCCUCCUGAUGCAAUUACUUAUAAUACAAUACUGCGCUGCAUGUUUGAUCAUGGUGGUUUUGAUCAGGCUAUUGGAUUUUGGAAGGACCAACUGAGAAAAGGUUGCCCUGCUUAUUUGAUCACCUACACAGUUCUCAUUGAGCUAGUCUGCAAGCACUGUGGGACUGUCCAGGCAAUGGAAGUAUUGGAAGAUAUGGCGAUUGAGGGCUGUUAUCCUGAUAUUGUGACUUACAAUUCUCUGGUUAACUAUACUUGUAAACAGGGGAAAUACGAAGAUACUGCUUUGAUCAUAUAUAAUCUGUUAUCACAUGGGAUGGGGCCAAAUACUGUAACUUACAACACUCUGCUCCAUUCUCUUUGCACCCAUGGAUAUUGGGAUGAAGUAGAUGAGAUCCUCUUGAUCAUGAACACGACUUCCCAGCCUCCUACUGUUGUUACUUAUAAUAUCUUGAUCAAUGGUUUGUGCAAGUAUGGGCUUCUGGAUCGUGCUAUCAAUUUCUUUGAUCAAAUGGUUUCCCAUAACUGUUUGCCUGACAUCAUCACUUAUAAUACACUGCUGGCUGCUCUUUGUAAAGAGGGAAUGGUAGAUGAGGCCUUGCAUUUGCUUCAUUCUCUAAAUGAUACCAGAUGUUCUCCUGGUUUGAUCACUUACAAUAUUGUGAUUGAUGGAUUGGCUAAAAAGGGCUGUAUGGAGAAAGCAAUGGAAUUAUAUGGUGAAAUGAUAGAGAGAGGGUUUGCUCCUGAUGAUAUUACUCAUCGUACACUGUUUUGGGGGCUUUUCAGGCUGGAUUUAGUGGAGGACGCUUUGGUGAUACUGAAGGAGAUGAACAAGAGAAACCAGAGGAUUAAAAAUAGUGCUUUCAGGUUUGUGAUCCAUGGAUUAUGUAAAAAAAAGAAGGUGGAUAUUGCAAUACAAGUUCUAGAAAUGAUGGUCUCGAGUCAAUGCAAACCCAAUGAGGAAAUUUAUUCUGCUAUAAUCAAAGGUGUAGGUGCUGCAGGAAUGAUAGAGGAAGCUAAUCAGUUACACCAGAAGUUGACUGAAUUGAAGGUUUUUAGAGAAGAAACCAUGCCGCAUUAGUCAGAGUAGAUGCUAUACUUUAAUGCUUUUCAACAUUUUUGAGGGGCUUCUCAUCAGCUUGUUGAUCAGUUACAGUUGUACAGAAUAUUCCAUCACAAGAAGUGGUUACUCUCAUCCCUCUCUGGAGCUUUGAUGCAGGCCAGAUCCAUUGAAACAUUGCAAGGGUUGCUUGUUCAUCACUGCAUAUGUUUCUGACACUCGAGGUAAUAAGUUUAGGGUUUCUCCAGCUGGCUAGUUGAAAUUGAGUGGUCUUGUUCUAUGCUUGUUCUUACAUCAAUUUGGUGCUGCCCAGCAUUUUUGCAGAUUUAGAAUUUUGAGAAGUUUUAUGUAAACAUUGCUCUUCUUUUGCUUUCUGAAUUAAAUAUUCAUUUGUUUCUCAUGGCCAUGAUCCUUCCCUGACCAUUUUCUAUGUAAUGGCUAGAUAUUAGGGCCCUGCUAUAUGGUGAUGGACUAUGGUAGUUAAAAGUUCACUAGUUGAUCUUGUCGCAAUGUUUGUCCCUCUUUCAUGGCA